AUGUCUACGGAAAGAACGUGGGAUACUUUUGGAAAAGAAAUUAUGUUUUCUGUGGCUGAACCAAAGCAAAGUGUCCAGAGGAAGUCUUGCCGAAAGGAACCCGGACAUGCUUACAGACUAAAAAUGAAAAAGACAGAAGCAAAACUACCACGACCAGUCGUGUUCUUCAGCGAUUUCGAAAAGGAUGCAUACAGACGAAACAGAGCAGAAGAGUGUAAGUUACAAAAUACUUUACAGAAUCUUCAAAGAGCCCAGUCGGUGACAGAAAAAACUAUACGAUGCCAAUCUGCCAAGUUCAAACUGGACAAAGCUCAUUUAAUAAAUGCUUACAAGAAAACUACCAGUGCUGGGACCCGUGAUCUGAAAACACCGUUGAUGUUGGUCAAUACUGUAAGUCAAUCGUCGCGUCAAAGGAAAAAGAGUGUGUUCAUCCCAAGAUCAGUCCGUGAUCCAAGACCAUUAUCAGAAUCGUCAUCAUCAUCAACCGAGGAAUAUGUCGAACCUAUUCAGACGAAAAUUCCUGGACACUCAGACAGUAUGAUAACCAGACCAUCCACAUGGGCAGUUAGACCACAAACCACUCUGACGACCAUUAAAACAGACAAUUCAAAACGUUGCAAAUCUGCAGAUUCUAGUAAACGGUUGAAAUAUUAUAAAAAGUAUACUGAAAAUUUUGUGGAUGUCGAAUCCAUUUCAAAGAGCACGGAUGUGCCAACACGGAAAAUUAAAUUCUUGGAUAAAGUUGACACUAAACCAUCAAUGCAACAUAGGAAGUCACUCAUUGUUACUAAAUCUGGACUUGGUGCUUGGUGCGAGGCUCUUUGA